AAUAUUAAUAUUUUUACAAUUAAUACUAUUACUGACUUGUCCUUUGCAUAACUAUAGUGAGCAAUUUUGACCUUGCUAAAACGAUUUAGUUCUAGUUGAUACAUUAUUAUAUAUAUACUUUCGUUAAUAAAUUUUAUAUUAAUUUUUUUAAAUAAUUUUUAAGAAACCAUGUCUCUUGUUUACAAAGCUGUUAUUUCUGCUACUGAUAAAGUCGUUCCAAAAUCUUUAAGGCCUCUCUGGGAACACCCUGCCGGUCCAAAAACAGUUUUUUUUUGGGCUCCUGUAUUUAAAUGGGGUUUGGUUAUUGCUGGUAUUGGUGAUAUAACUCGACCUGCAGAAAAAUUAAGUACAUCACAGUGUGGUGCAUUAGCUGCUACAGGAGUAAUUUGGUCUCGUUACUCAUUAGUUAUAAUACCUAAAAAUUGGGGUUUGUUUAGUGUUAAUGUUUUUGUUGGCGCUACCAAUAUUUACCAACUUGCAAGAGCAUUUAUGUAUCAACAAGAACAAAAAGCAUUACAAAAUGAAAAAAAGUAAUUACAUAAAAUUGUACAAUUUAUCCAAACUUAAGACUUAUAAAAUGUUAUGGUAUAAUAGCAAUAGUUAUUUUUUUUGUUUCAAUAAAAAGUAUGUUGAUUUUUUUUAAUAAUACAUUUUAGUAUAUUGUAACCUGUUAAUAAGAAAAAAUUGUUAAUUAUACAACUGAAACACUG